AUGCCGACGCUUCUCUUCACCGUCGGCCCUCAGGGAGUGGGCUACAUCCACGACUUCCUGUCUUGUCUGGCAAAAUUCGACGAAGACGUCUCGCUAGAAGCCACUCCUCAGUUUCUUCGCAUAUCGAGUCUCAAUAUCUCCAAAACAGCCCAUGCUGCAUUCACCCUUGGCUCUUCCUUUUUCACCAAGUAUCAUUUUUCAGCCGGGCCGAGGAGCCCGUCUGGCCCAGCAGUGCCAAAGUUCUGGUCGUGUAAACUCCAGAACAGGGCUCUUCUCUCCAUCUUCAAGCGUCGCCUAGCGGAUCAGCGAGAUAGGGACACGGCGCUCGAGAAUUGCGAGUGCGAACUACAGGCAAAUCCCGACGAGGCAGAGUGCCGAUUGAUCUUCCGGUUGAACUGCCGCCAGGGCGUGGUCAAGACCUACAGGUUGUAUUACGAGUCCGGGGAGAUCCUGCAUGCUGCAUUCGACGACAGCGCUUCUCCCAACCAAUGGACCGUUUCGUCUCGAACUUUGCGCGAUGUGGUUGAGUAUUUCGGCCCAAAGACAGAUCAACUCGACUGGUUUUAUCAGAAUGGAAAAGUCACUUUUACAAGUUACACCGAGAAGAUCCAGAGCGGUAGAGAAAUCCUCAAGCAGCCAAUGCACACCUCUGUCGCUCUCGAGCGCAAAGAUUUCACCAGCUUCAACGUUCAAGAGGGUCUCCACAUCGGUACCAUGGUCAAAGAUUUCCGAGCCAUUAUAGCGCACGCUGAAUCGAUGAGAGCCCAAGUGACGGCCAAAUACUCCCGAGGCAAUCGGCCCAUGCAGAUAACGUACGAAGACAACGGUAUCAUGGCGGAAUUUACACUCAUGACUCGAGGCACAACGGCUGUCCCCAGUGCUGCGGGUGCAAGCACGCCGGCUCGAGAUCUUUCUUUGCGCCCUGUGUCUCGGCCGCCCGACAGCCCAGCGACAGAAGCGGGAUCUACCCUCCCAGCAAGUUUCCGCCCUGCAGAUUCUGCCUCGAUGCCUCCGCCAGCACACACCUCCGUGCGCGAGCGCGAACUCCCACCGCCACUCUCGAAAACUGAAUCAGGAGACUCGGCACAAUUACCAGCAGCGAGCCUCGAUCCCGAAAGUCUAUUCAUCCCUGCCGACGACGACGACCAGCAAUGGGACGAGCCCAACUUUGACACAGAGCCCGACAUAGUGACUUGGGACAACACUGCUGACGAAGUUUCGGCGUCAAGUUCCCGUCGGAUCCGCGACUCGGAGUUACAUUCGUUCGCGUCCAUGCAAGAACGGGACCGCCGGCCGACGAUGAUAAAGUCAAGAUUCCCGCACGAGAUCGCGCCCACACAACGGCUGUCCCAAGUUCGUGGGAUUUUCGACUGA